AAAUAUCGAGUUGUUUUUCAAUUUCAGUGAAUUUUUGACGUUGCUAGUACUUGCUCGAUUUCAUCAAGUUUUCAUAAAUGUAGUGCUUAGGAUUUUUCAAUAUGUUUCUAAUAUAAGUAGUUUAUUAGGAAAUAAAAUAUUCCAGUUUUAAAUGACGCCCACAAAGACUACAAAAACUGAAGUAGAAAUGGUGAUUCGGAAUAGAAAAACUGUUAUGAAAGACGGGAUAAUGACAAUGUCGGGUAUCGGAGAGCCUUCAGUCUUCCACGCAUUGGUGGUUAUAUUCUUGGAGUUUUUUGCAUGGGGACUACUCACGAUGCCGAUAAUAUCGGUCUUAAAUGCCACUUUCCCAGAUCACACGUUUUUGAUGAAUGGACUCAUAAUGGGUAUCAAAGGCAUCUUAUCGUUCCUGUCAGCUCCAUUAAUUGGAGCUUUAUCCGACGUGUGGGGGAGAAAAUUCUUCCUACUAGUGACAGUGUUCUUCACAUGCGCGCCGAUCCCGCUCAUGACCUUCAACACUUGGUGGUUCUUCGCGAUGAUAAGCAUCAGCGGUGUAUUUGCAGUGACCUUCUCGAUUGUGUUCGCGUACGUGGCUGAUGUAACGACAGAAGCUGAGAGAUCGCGCGCGUAUGGCUUGGUGUCUGCAACAUUUGCCGCUAGCAUGGUGAUAUCGCCAGCCCUGGGCGCUUACCUCAUGGAUCUUUACGGCGAGGCGCUCGUUGUCGCUGCCGCCACAGCGGUAGCGGUCCUUGACGUCUUCUUCAUCAUGGUUGCGGUUCCUGAAAGUCUUCCAGAGAAAGUGCGCCCUAGCGGCUGGGGCCCAGCUAUAAGUUGGGAGCAAGCAGACCCGUUUGCUGCUUUACGAAAAGUCGGCGCCGAACGUACAGUGCUAAUGUUAUGUGUCGCGGUGUUCUUGUCUUACUUGCCCGAAGCCGGACAAUAUUCGUGCAUUUUUGUGUAUUUGAAACUAGUGAUGGGCUUUGGUGUCGUACAAGUGGCGAUAUUUAUCGCGAUCGUUGGUGUCCUCAGUAUUGCCGUGCAAGUUGUUCUUGGAUUCCUCAUGCGGGUUCUCGGUGCAAAGCACACUAUUAUGCUUGGAUUACUGUUUGAGAUGAUGCAGCUCAUGUGGUAUGGGUUUGGGAGCCGAACAUGGAUGAUGUGGGCUGCAGGAGUAUUGGCAGCCCUCGGCUCACUUACAUACCCAGCAAUUAGUGCAUAUGUGUCAGUCAACAGCAGAGCAGACCGACAAGGUGUGGUCCAGGGUAUGGUGACUGGAGUGCGUGGGCUCUGUAAUGGACUUGGCCCAGCUAUGUUUGGAGUCAUUUUCUACCUAUUCCAUGUUGACCUUAAUGAAGAACAUGCAGUGCCUGGAAUUAAUGCACGACCUGAUGAAGAGAAAUAUGUUAGGAUGGUCCCUGGACCACCUUUUGUGCUUGGUGCUCUGCUGGUUAUUUGUGCAUUACUUGUGGCCGCAUUCUUGCCCGAAGACGGAACAGUGGGAGCACGACGAGCUUCACCAGAUUUGCGGUUCGAAGUAGAACGUGGACGGCGUGUGGCUGGCCCUCUGUCCCCUUUGAUGGCCCCUGAGUCUGCUGCCCUCUAGCUAGCGGCCAAGGCCGGCCGAGCGGCCAGCGUUUAAUUGACAGGGCUGUGCAUGCCGUGUGGCGUCUGGGAGAUUGCAUUUAUGAAGGUACCAAAGCGAACUCAGUGAAAAAAGUGAGUCCACAAUUUUAUGAUUGCACCAACUACAUUCCUGCAUUUCAUCUGUUAAUUACUGCUUGUCAGAUACUGAAUACUUGUUCAUGUUUUUUAAAACUUUAAACUUAUUUUUGUAAUCAUUUCCAUUGGCUCUAGAAGUCAUGUACAUAAUAUUAUAUUUUAUAAAUAAAAUAAAAUCAUAAGUUGUUUAAG